CCGUCGGAACCGAUGUCACGGCAGAGGCUGAUUCAUCGUUUUGCGCCUUAGAAAUCGACAAUCAUGUCGACCACCAUCACCUUCUACGAUAUUCCAUCCAAGCUGCCCAUCAAUGCGUAUUCUCCUAAUACGUGGAAAGCCAGAUAUGCCCUCAACUUCAAGGGUAUUCCAUAUCAUACGGAAUGGGUCGAAUUUCCUGAUAUCGAAGGCCUAUACAAGAAAUUCAACAUCCAGGCCAGUUCUACCCAACAGGACGGUGUGACUCCCUACUAUACUGUCCCUCUGCUCCAUGACUCGUCGACUGGGGCCAUCAUAUCCGAGUCCGCGGCCAUCGUCGAGUACCUCGAGACGACCUAUCCUGAUACUCCGCGUCUCAUUCCUCCCGGGACAAAAGCAUUACAUGCAGCAUUCACUUCCGCUUUUGAACCCCAGAUCAUGGCAAUAGUGCCAUUCUCCAUCCCUGCCGUCAACGCGAUACUGAAUCCGCGAAGUGAAGCUUUCUUCAGGAAGACAAGGGAAGAGUCGUUUGGAAUGACUAUUGAAGAUAUGGGUCCGCUUGGGGAGCUUAAGGAGAAGCAAUUGGCGUUGUUGAAGCACGAUCUUGGGAAAGUGGAUAAGUGGAUGACGGAAGGAGACGCGUUCGUUAUGGGCGAGACUCCUACAUUUGCGGAUGUGACGAUGUGCGCGUGGAUGCUGUUUCUUCGAAUUAUUCUUGGGGAGGAUAGUCCUGAAUGGAAGGGUUUGUCGACUUGGCAUGGCGGACGAUGGGGUCGGUUGGUCAAGAGUUUUGAGAAAUAUGAAGUUAUUGUGUAGAGUCAAUCUUUUGAACUGAAAGAUGUAACUAUGACACCUGUUUUUAGGUCUCGGACCCUCAAUAAUAUAAUGUGCAUCCAAUGUGCUAUGAAGU